AAACACUUAUCCAAAUUACCCCUAGGGGGUUUGUUAAACACCCUCACAUUCCAAAAUAGGAUAUUCAUUAAGAGGAGGAGGGCUUAUGCCCUCUCUUCCUAUCACCCUUAACAUGAGCUACUUGUAGCUGGCAUACCUCUCGAUCCCCUUAAUCAGUGAGCACUACAAAGGAGGAACUAUCCAUUUGUAAAACACUCGUUGGAUUGCCUGGUGACCACAUCUACUGUCGUACACCAUUGAUAACCCGUUGAAAAUCAGCCUUCGAAGGCAAUUUUAGUAGACUCCAAAGCCUCCUGGAAGGAUUUCUCCAAGUUAGUACGCAAUAACUUUGCCGAGGAGGAGUAUGCAACUACAUGUCCUCCUAUAGGUAAUGAUUGACUUCCCACAGAACUCCCUUCUUCACUCAACUUCACAAUCUCCUCCUCUAAUUCUAUUACCCCCUUACCUUUAUCUUUGGCAACAUACACAUGGAUAGCCAUAACUAUCCAGUUUGUGACAAUAAUAGCCAAUUUUUGAAAAAUACACAGAUAUAACCACUUUUUCGAAACUUAUUUGACAAAUCUAGCCAUUUUUCGUUAAAAACUUUAACGUCGUUAGUGAUUCCGUUAGUAACACGGACGUUAUGCUGAUGUGGAUGACAUUUGGACGACACGUCAUCUCCAGCUACUCAAACCAUUCCACCUGUACGCCAUGUCAUAUUAAAAUUUUUAUUUUUUUGAGAAAAUAAUUUUUUAUUUUAUUUGCUUGCUUGUCCGCCCAGGCUCUGCGCAACCGCUCAUCUUCUCCCGCAACCGCUCACCUUCUCCGCUUCCUUGUCCGACUCACUUCCUCCGACGACUCUUUAAUACUUCUCACGUUCUUCCUCUCGCGCACCAAAACAGGCAUUGCUUCCUCCCACCUUUUUCUCCCCAUCACCGUCUUCAUCCGCCGCCGAUGUCCGUCGGCAACCUAGAUCUACCCCACAAUCUUCUGCUUCCUAUUCUAUUGCCCAUCCAAUUGUUCUAUCUACCUUCCUUCAUACUGGUAGUGGAAGGAUCAAAAUAUCCUAGCCUCCACUGCUACCGACGCCGUCGAAUCCCGGCCAUGGAGGCCUCUAGAUCACCAAAAUCAAGGACUGGGGUGGACCAACGAAGCCGCCGACCGGUAAACCUUUCAAUUUCAUUCCAUUGUAGGAAUUCGCAUUCCCUUUGUAAUGGAAUGAAACAAGUGUGUGGUUUAUAUUUCCAGAUGGGUACUGCCAGUCGCCAUCCCUUCCCCCCAUAAAACCCAUAAACGGUGACAUGAGAAUCUCAAAAAACAAAGAAUCAAUGUUGGUGUGGGGAUGUUCUGGAACCCAAAACCCACCAAGCUCAUGCAACCCAAUUUGAAAUACAAAAACUCAAACCCUCCAUCUCUUCCAACCUCUGUAUCAUUCCCAAAAUCCUUACGUAACCUAGAAAUCGCAAUGCGGAGAGAAGGAAGAAGUGGAGAAAUAGCAGGGAGACCCAUAAAUUCUAAAAUAAAAAACUCAAACCCUCCAUCUCUGUCUAAUUUGGCACCUGUGAGUUGGGAAAAUCAAUUCUCUCCAAGCUCGACGCUUCCCUCCUACCAUCGGCGCCAUAGACAAAAUCGUUCUCUUUCUUGUCAUCUUGGCCGGAUUGAAGCAACCCAGUCCCCGCCGUCCCGAUCUCGGUGCUCUGCUAUCAGUGGCGGAUCCAAAAAUUUUACAUAGAUGUGUCCUCUCCUAAAACUUUAAUUAAAUUAAUAAUUUAGUAAUUAUUAAUAAGAAAUAUAUGAUUUGUACAAAAUAGAACAAAGCACAUGACGUGUUUCGUAUUCAGAAAAAAUUAUAAAAUAUAAUCGAUGUCUAACAAUGCUCUACAAAUCUAUAUCGAUAUUUCUAACUAGACAAAGGGAGUCCGUAAUUGGGUUAAUCGUUAGCUUUUGAAAAUAAUUGGGGAUAAUAAAUAGCUUUUUACUAGUAUAUUUGGAUUUAAGAUACAAGAACAAAUGAGUUGUGGUCUAAUGAAAUAUAUGUUUUCUCAUAACAGAAGUGACUAAAGUUCAAAUCACAUAAGCUACCACUUAAACAUUUUUAUUUACAUGUACACAAACUACUACUCGGGGUUAAAUAAUCAUUUUUCCAAAUUUUAAGAGUGUCUCGCUAUCACUUAAAUAUUUUUCAUGUAUAUGCAAACUACUAUCGGGGGUUGAAUAAUCGUGUUCCCAAAUUUUAGGGGUGUCUUGAGUGCCAUCUAUCCGCCACUGUCUGCCAUGCCGCUUGCUUCUAAUCAGCGACAGAGCUGGUGGACGCAGCCGGAGAUUGGCAGCGGCGAGAAGAACAAGAGGAAGGGAAGAAGUCUCGUAGCCUGCAGGGCUUCAAUGAAACUAUUGAUGGUGAUAAUUGAAGCGAUCUGGGAAUUUUCAAGGCGGAGAUAUGGUUUCUCGAAUCAAUUGAGGGUGGAGAACUUCGAUGAAGACGAAAAGCAUAAGCGGCAUAUGAGAUUUUUUAUAGAAAUUGUCAAUUAAAAAAGAAUAAUUUCCAGCUAGGCAUAGUUUUUUUAUGAAAAUUGCCACAUAAGCAAAAAUCGUUAGUACAGUCAGCAUUUAUUACUAUUUCGUUAAAAUUAUUGACGAAAUGGCUAUAUUUGUAUAUUUUUAAAAAUGUGGCUAUUAUUGUCAUAACGUGCAAAGUUAUGACUAUGCAGGUGUAUUAAGCCUUUAUCUUUCAGCUUAUUCACCACGGUUUCCACUUGAGCAGCCUCUUUCCUUCGCCAGACCCUCUUCAAUAGCUUGCUUCCACAAUCACAUGGACCAAACAACAAACAAUUUGAACAGACAUUUGGCAAAUGACAGUACUCCACACCAACCCGAAUGGGUGAGUAAUCAUUAGAAUAAAGCAUAACAUGAUGGCAGUACUCCACACCAACCCGAAUGGGUGAAAAAAUAUUGUAUUUUUCACAUAACUUUUUUUAAAAUCUUAGGAAAACUUAAUUUUCUCCAGUUUUCAAGAAACAUUAACCAUCUAUUAAAAGCUAUCUAAUUAAUUAAAUAAUUCAUAGCGCAAGUUACCAAUCGGUAACUUCAUUGUUCCUUACGAAAAUCACGCUUAAUCCCAAGCCCUUUCACAAAAUACUGUUCAUUGUAUUAUUUAACUAGCUUAUAACCCGACCCUUUGGCCGGAAUGCUCAUAUUUGAUUAUUUGUAUUUUUAUGUUACUUUUAAGUCUAUUAACCCGUUUAAUUAUUUGAUAAUCAUUUGAUCGAGUUGAUACAUAACAAAAUAAUAUAUAGGUCGAACAUUCGGAGAAAUAUCAUAAUCAUUUAAGAAUAUAAAAUAUAAAAAUGUAUCAUUGACCCCAUUUUCAUAAUGCUAAUUAAGUCCCUGUUAAAAUGCUAUUGGUUAGUUUUCUUUGACAGUCAAGAAAUAUAGAGUAUAAAAGCUCACUGAAAUUCUCACACAACCCAUAGAUAGUUUGAAACUAAAUCUUAAACCUCACAAUCCUAUAUAAAGGGUUCAAUGCUCUCCUUUUAGAAACAAUAUGUCACUAAUCAAAAAGAAAUGGAGAGUUGUUGAUUCAAGUCAUCUAUAUACUAAAAACUCAGCUAAAAGGGGACCAUCACAACUUGAGAGCAAACGAAAAAAUCAGGGUUAUCUCCAAUAUACGAAUAGACUCGAUCAAAGUAAUAAGGCGCAAAAUUAGACACUCCUUAUCUAUUAGUUCCAGUAGGUUGAAUAAAGAAGCGACCUAUCUACACAUAAUAUAAUACGCCGAAGGGAAAAACGGGAGCUCCAUUUCAAAUUUCCUGCAACGAGAGUGAAAGUAGGAAGGACAUUUUGGUCUUCACAAUUGCUUUUUUUUAUUCAUUAAAAAGACACGUACUGGGAUUCGAACCAUGACCAUUUUAAAGAAAAGCAAGGAUAAUAACCAAUCACACUAAGCACAUUUGUUGUAUCUUUUUAAAUUAAAAACAUAUAAUAGCAGGGAGGAAAAAACCCUUCCCCCAUUUCAAAUUCCCUGCUCCAUGAGUGUUUGUAGGAAGGGUAGAAUAGGAAGUGUCAAUUUUUUUCUCUUUCCUCUGUGGAACGGGCCAACUUACCGUACACAUGCGAAUUUAAACGGGUCCAGGAGUGUCAAUUUUUUUUCUUUAAACCCUUUUAUUUCUCCGUGGUGAUAAAAUAUAUAUGAAAAGGAAAAACUAAUACUCCUUUUUAUUGUUAAACAUAAAAAAUUUAACAAUAAACUAAUGCAUGGUAUCUAAUGGGCUAACCGCUAACCAUAAAAUAAAAGAGUUGAAUGAGCCUGACCUACAUGGGAUUUGGCCAUCAAGUAAAACAAAUGAACAUCAUUGGUUUGUCAUUCUAAAACAAGCUAUUUUCUAUUAUGCUAUUAUUUUAUAUCUUAGUGGCUAAAAUAUAAUGUAUUUUAAAGU